UGUAACAUUCAAUAGUAAAAGAUAACCAUCAUCCUUUAGUCCUUAUUUGGUGUCUUCUUCCUCUGACGUAUGUAUGUGUGGUUAACACGCUGAUGAUAAAAAUGUGUAGCAGUAUGAGGUGUAGGGUAUUCAAUUUUUCUGCUCAACCUGAGAGUGUUGGCUCGCGGUCUCUUUCAAAAGACAUGAGGAACUUCAGUAUUCAGACUCUGGCACUGAUGAUGAUGAUUAUGUUGGUCUACACAGCAACAAUAAAUCACAAAAAAGGAGAGGUGACCAAUUGUAAAAACCGUACCAUACAGGGGGAGAUAAACGAUCUGAAAAAGAUUCAUGAUGACGCAAAAGAUCUGCUAAACAAAAGGGACUGGAACGAGACUGUUCCUUCGGCAUCAGGAGAAAACCAAUAUUGUCCAAAAGAGUUCUUCUGUCGCGCUGAGAAUUCUCUGCGUGGACUGGGAAAUGAAUCGCGUGGCUUCAAAGAUGCUGAAGAACUCAUCCGUGAGUUGGCGGAGUACAACACCAAGACCGCCUGUCAUCAGAACCAGACCAGCAACCGCACAUACAUAGCAAAGACUCUUCUAAAGUAUAUCUCUGAAUGUGCGGAUAAAAAAAUCAAGAAGCUUCAACACAUUUGUCAUCCCCCAAAAAAUAAGUAAUGUUAAAUACAUAAAUUAUUUUUAUUUAUUGCAUAUCACUGUAUUUAUUUUCUUACAGAUCUUAUUUUUGUAUAAUUUGUGCAUCAAUAAAUUAUAUCGUAACUGAUUUUUUUGUUUGUCUCUUGUUUUUCUAUAUCUGCAAGACUUUUGAACAUGAGGCUUUUUUUUUUUAGACACUGCUUACUUAUUCAGUUUACAGAUUUCUAACAAUAGUAAACGUAAUAAAAGUGAAAUCAGCUGUUGCAUGCCAUUAUGACCUUUUAUCAAAGCACUGACAAACAAUUAGGUAUAUCACUGAUUUAAUAAUGAAACAGAGAAAGAGCAGCAAGAAUGAUAGAUAAAACAUGUAAAAUAAUUUAAUAAAUAAAAAUAUCCAGGGGUUUGAUGGAUGUAAACAUGACAUAUAUUAUGAUACAAAAGAAAAAACAGUUUGCCUCCACUACAGAACCACAAAAACCUCAUACUGUACUUGUGCAUUUUACUAAAGCAUACAUUAUGUAUAAGGUAUUUCAUUAUAACACAAAGUGUUCUGACAUUUGAAAAAAAAAAGAAAAAGAAAUGACUUGCUUAGAUUAGCAAAUGGCACAAACAUAAGAGCUGUCUGGCAUGCAUGCCCCUAUGCUUCUGACCUAAGGGAAUAAGUAUAAAAAGCAUUUUUUAGUUACAUGCUUGAUAUCUCCUCUCCUUGUUCCCUCCACAUUAGUGUCUGUUUGUGUUUCUCUCCAUGUUUUUUAAUGCUAUA